UCUGAAGGAACGGGACUGGGCCAGCAUUUUGCGAAAUGGGAAAACUAUUAGCUAUUCUUGCAGUCCUCUGCCUGAGCCAGGCGAUCGUUGCUGAGCGCAUCGUCAACUGCUACUGGGGCACCUGGGCUAAUUACCGCAGCGGCAAUGGCAAGUUCGAUGCCUCCAACAUCGAUGCUGGCCUUUGCACCCACCUGAGUUACUCCUUCUUCGGCAUCAACGACAGCGGCGAGAUCAUCUCCCUGGACACUUGGUUGGACUACGAUCUGGGAUUCAUCAACAAGGCUAUAGGUCUGAAGAGCCAGAAUUCCGGCCUGAAGGUUCUGGCCGUCGUCGGAGGCUGGAACGAGGGCUCCACCAAGUACUCCUCCAUGGCUGGCGAUUGGUACAAGCGCCAGAACUUCAUCAACUCCGCUCUGAACCUGCUCCGCAACAACGGAUUCGAUGGUCUUGACUUGGACUGGGAAUACCCCAACCAGCGUGGUGGAAACUGGGAUGAUCGUGCCAACUUUGUGACCCUUCUGCGCGAACUGAAGGAAGCUUUCGCUCCCUACGGCUAUGAGUUGGGUAUUGCUGUUGGAGCCGGAGAGGGUAUUGCCAGUGCCUCUUACGAGAUUGCCAACAUUGCCCAGCACGUGAACUUCAUCAAUGUGAUGACCUACGACUUCGCCAUGGCCUCCGAUGGCCAGACCGGCUUCAACUCUCCCCAGUGGGCCGUCGAGAACUCCAUUAACUUCUGGUUGAGCCAGGGUGCUCCCGCCAACAAGCUUGUCCUGGGCGUCGGCAUGUACGGACGCACCUUCCAGCUGUCGGACGCUUCCCAGAACUGGCCCGGAGCUCCGUGCCGAGGCGGUGGCAACGCCGGAUCCUACACCGGCGAGAGCGGCUACUUGGGAUACAACGAAAUCUGCCUGAACAACUGGGAGACCGUGUUCGAUUACGGUAAUGCCGCUCCCUACGCCUUCUCCGGCGAUCAGUGGGUCAGCUUCGACAACGUGCUCAGUGUGCAGUACAAGAUGGACUUUGCCAUUUCCAAGGGCCUGGCUGGAGCCAUGAUCUGGUCUCUGGAGACUGACGACUACCGCGGCCAGUGCGGAGAGUCCUACCCCCUGCUGAAGACCAUCAACAGGAAGCUGCGUUGGUAAAGGGUUUCCACAAUAGACUGUUUGAAUAAAAUUUAUGAAAAUGCAA